AACAUUUGAGAAUUAUACUAUUUAGGAAUGGCAGAAAACAAUUGUCUUUGGGCAAGAAAAGUUCAUCUACACAGAGCUACAAUCGAAAGAGCAAAACAGAUAUAUAACGAAAUGUACGGAAACGAGGACGGAACAAUACCCGCCACGUUUCAGAUUCUUUACAUGAUCGGUUGGAAACCACACGAAUCACAGGCUAAGCCGGCGAGAAGAGGUUCGGGAACGUUUUCUUUCAAGGAUUUGCAUAAAUUGGAAACCGUUGUCAAAAAAUCGGGCGAUAUUGACUUCCCUUCCAAAGAAUCUUAACGUAGAUAAAAUUGUAAAAAAUGUUUAUGUAGGUAAGAUUUUAAAACAGUUUAUAAUACAUUGUUAUAUGGAAAUCGCAGUGUUAUAAUUUUGAAUACAUUCUGUUGUCAUAUAUAAUCAGAAAUGAUUUUAUUCAU